AGUAACAGUGACGAGAGGAGAGGCGAUGUAGUGGUGAGUGGUAUAUGACGGUGGUGGUGGAGGAGGGGCAUUUCGAUAGUUGUCGUGCCCACGGAAUUCGACAGCCAUUCAAUGUUCCACCAAACCCUCAUCCCCUCCUCUGUCUCUUCGUCGCCUUCCUCCACUCUGUCCUCUCUCUUCUUCAACCCUUCUUCUGCCUCUUUCCCUGUCCUUCUUGGCCCUCUUCAGCCGCCUUCUCUUGUUCCUCCUCUGGUCUACUCCAGCUGCACACAGGUAGAAAACGAGGCGAGGAUGGAGGAAGCGCUGAAGAGUAGCUUGAGGCCGGAGAGCGGUUUGUCCUCUGGUCAACAGCAACAACAUCAGCAUCAGCGGCAGCAGAACAAGGGGACGUUGAGCGAGGAGGGAGGCUGGUCUGCGGAAAGAGGUAACCUUUGUGGCGAGGGGUUCUCGGUGGACGACCUCCUCAACCUUGGUGACUACGCUGAGAACGACAAGGAAGCAGAGGUGACGGAGGUGAGGGAAGAAGUGGAAGCCAAAGCCGAAGUUGCUGAUGCAGAGCACAGGGGAAUAAGCGACUCCAACUCCUCUUCUCCUUGUUCCUCCACUUCGGCUCUUUCCUUUCAGCCACUGCCGCCUCCACCUCCGCUUUCUGAUAUCAGUCUUCCAGCACACGAUGUUGAAGAGCUGGAAUGGGUAUCUUACAUCAUAGACGACUCCCUUUCGGAGUUUCCGCAUUGCCCCGCCGUCGGCGGCGACCACUUCCCUUCGCCGCCUCAGUCCCACAAGAAAACAGAGGAACCCCCAGCUGCAGCACCACAAGUUGCCUCCUCUUUGGACUCUGCCGUAUGUGGACUCUCCACAGAAGGCAUGGCAUCGGUGAAGGCCAAGCGCAGCAAGCGCCACCGCCCGCGCCCUGCCCACUCCCCCGCGCGGUACAUGUCCGUUCCGGUCCUAUUCGCCGACUCCAUGUCCUCACCCACCAACACCUCCAGCUCGGCGUCUUCCUCAAGCUCCACCUCAUGCCUUAUAUAUGACCACCACCCCGUUGCCGGCGACGACCAAAGCUUCCUGCUCCACGAGGUCCCGCCGCCGCCCCUGGCCUCCGCCACGAAGCCCGGUCCGAAGAAACGCGGCCGCAAGCCCAAACUGUCCCCCACCGCAUCCGGCUCCGGCGAUCGCCGCUGCAGCCACUGCGGGGCCCAGAAGACGCCGCAGUGGCGGGCCGGCCCGCUCGGCGCCAAGACGCUCUGCAACGCCUGCGGCGUCCGGUUCAAGUCCGGUCGCCUCCUCCCCGAGUACCGCCCCGCCUGCAGCCCCACCUUCGUCAGCCACAUCCAUUCCAACAGCCACCGCAAGGUCCUCGAGAUGCGCCGUAAGAAGGAGGCGCAGCUCCCCCUCUCCCCCGCCUCGGCGCCGGUCGCCUCCUUCUAACCCGGCCGGUCCAAGCCCGGUCCGGGUGUACAUUUUGGUCUCUCUGUCUCUCCCCGUUCAUUUAGUAUUUAGUCUCCCUCUCUGUACCGGCUUUUCUUGUUCCCCUCCUUAGCUUGCUUUCCCUUAGGCUAUAGCGGUGUUGCAAUCUUUCAUAUUAUUUGUAGAGAGUGUAGGAAGAAGACGAAGAUAAAGCUGUGGCAUUGAGUGCCUUUGUUAGUCUAGAAAUACAUCAACACUCGGGCGGAUGCUGGAAGUGGAAUUGGGUUCAGCAGCGAGCGUGUUGCAUAUUCCCCUUGGUUUCUGCUCCGCUGGUUUCGUCUUGUUUGGAUGCAGUGUCAGUCUCUGCUACAUUUGUUGUUUUCACUGUGUAUCUUUGGCUGAUACCUCCGCCUCAUGAAUGCACACAAGAAAAUGCGACA